AUGUUUGACCAACUCCCUGACGACAUCGUCUUGGAGAUCGUCUCCCAUCUCAGUACCGCCCGCGACGUAGCCCGUCUGGCAUCGUCGUGUAAGCAUCUCCACUCCCUUCUCAACGAGGAUGGCUGGCGCACCUUCGUCAAGGCCUGCUUUCCCCUGCACUACCUGCCACUAGGCAAGACUCCGCCCAAAUGGAACGAGCUGGCAAACGCCCUCACCCGCCAGGCCCGCGCAUGGGAUAUGAAGGCAUUCCAGACCACCGCCUACACGGACGACCGCCGCCGGGACGGAAACUACUUCACGGGCUUCACCAACGCGGGUCGUCCCUUUUACCCCGUCAUCGAUGCUCGCCUCGUCUUUGACAAGAGCUGGGAGCUCGCCACGUGGGGCGCUGGCGAGGACGUCGUGGGCCGCUUCAGACCUCACAACAGCCGCGGCGAGUCUGACGCCUGGUUCCGUAUGGAGGGCAAGACGAACGGCUACGAAGCGGGCGUGGGCGACGUCACCGCCAUUCACCUCACCGAACCCAACGGGAAGCUGGGUAUCCUCGUCGGCAGGGCGAAUGGGGAUUUGCAGCUCGUCUCGGCGGCUCCCGGUAGCGCCGGCAAGGCCCUCUCGACCUUCAAGAUUCCUACGCCCACUGGAGGUCUUGAGGCUACCACGUGGACAUCCAUCGGGUCCAUUGAUACCCUGCCGAACGAGACGUCAGUGAUCGCGGGCAACCGUGCCACCGUCAGUCUCUUCUCCUUGGACGCAGACGAGACCGCCGGCGCCGCCGCUCUCCCUCUCGACUCGCAGACCUUUGUCAUCCCAGGCCAAGGAGACAGGAAACAGUUCAUCCACUCUGCAAAGGCCCUCAACAACGACACCAUCAUCUGCGCCCUCUCCAACGACACGGACCCGAUUCGCUAUCUCACCGUCACCCCCUCAGGCUUCACUCCCAACCUCGCCUCCAAGAACCACUCCCUCCUCGCCUCCCGCGGCAUCGACACGGACAAGAAACAAACCGUCCGCGCCAUCCAGCCCGUCAACCCGGGCCCCACAGGCGUAGGCCAAACGAACCUCCUCCUCAGCGCCUGGGACGACGGCACCAUCCGCCUCCUCGACAUCCGCACCCCAUCCGCCCACGACGUCCUCUACCGCGACAUGUACCAGCCCUUUGAGACGCACUCUUCCCUGCUGACUUACGGCUCGGACCACUUCGUCGCGGGUAGCAACGAGCUCGAGGCCCUGAAAGUAUUUGACUUUCGGUGGUCCAAGUCUUACCACCACUCCGCCGCCCUGCCGUGCUGGUCCGGCACGCCGUUCCCGGAUCCUUUAAGGGGCACUAGCAGCCGCUCCCUGAGCAUGCGCGGCGUCGGCUGCGAUCACCCGCGCGGGAGGGCCUGCGUCUGGCAUGAGUACUCCCGGCGGGACUACUACCGCCCCAACUACCGCUUCCAUGUGAUGCCCUUCCGGGACGCGGCCCGUUCGUCGACGAGCCGUGUUUUCUCUCUGGCGAAAGCGUCGGACGCGUCGGACUCGUUCUACGUCGGUCUCGCGGGCGCCGUGGCCGAGUUUGCUACCACCAUCCCGGGGGAGGCGGAGCAAGACGAGGUCGCGGCCUCCGUGGCUUCGGCGGCGGCGAAGAGGGGCUGGAGGGCGCGGGCGUCGCAUUUCAGCUUUGCCGAGACGGAUGACGGGUUGUUGACGCCGGGCAUGUCGAUGAGUACCUUUAUGCCGAGGCUUGCGCAGCGGUUCGGGGAUGAGGUUGGUGCGCCGCAGUUUCGGGAGUGGUGGAGUAAGACGCCGCCCAAGACGGCGGCGUGGCAUCGAUGGGAUCCGAGCUUUUGGCGGCCUACGCACUUUACGUUUUGA